UCUCAGACGGGUCAUUUUGUAGCUUGUAUGUGAGGAACACAAAGGCAGCAGGAUUAUUAUGUUGGGUUGAUGCAUGGAUACCCAUACGUACUUUGAGCGCACACACACACGCACACGCACACACGUGACCUCCAAGCAUAGUGGACAAUCUCUUCUCUCCGUUACAGCAGCAGGGCCUGGAAGUGCAGAAUGUAUGCAACUGACUGUAAACAACAUUAAACGGCUAUGACCCGGCUAGUGCUCAUCUGUGACAGUAUGUCUGCAAAGAGGUCCACAGUGCUGGGAAAGACAAAGACCCAAUUAGAAGAAGCUCCAGAGAACAAUGAAGUGCCACAGAGGACGCCGCUCUCCCUUGAAGCUAAACGCAUCUUAAACAUGUUGGAAAACUGCAUUAGUGGAGUUGAGUUUGUAGCAAUGCUGCCUGCUCUCCUCCAGUUAAACACUCUUUCUAGUGUGGCGGACAAGGACUUGAGUAUGGCUCUUCAGGAGCAUCAACUAUUAGAAAAAAGACUGGAGACAUUUGAAUGUCUCAUGCAGGGGUCAGACGGGGAACAAGGGAGAGAAGUUGGUAAGGCCAUGGCUCGACUUGAGAAGGACAUCAAGAAUUCUUUGAGGGAUCUGUUAAGGCUGGCAAGAGCCCAUGCUGAUGCCAUUUCUGGGUUGAAGGCAGAGCUAGGUAAGACGCUCGCUGUAGGGGAGAGUGAGUACAAACUAAUUACAGGGCUUGAGAAGUUUCAGAGCUGUGUGGUUGAAACGCUGCUGACCAGUGUGGAGGAGGAGCUACAUGAUCAGCUGGAUCUCCAAAAGUCUUCAUACCAAAACCACCGUCUGGAGAUCUUAGCUUUAAAGCAAGAAAAACAAGCAAUAUCCUUGGAGCAACAAGAUGCAGAGAUCUUUGACAAAAAGGAAGAAAUCAAAAGCUGCCAAGAUUAUCUGGAAGAUAACAAGAGACGUAAGGCAGGUAUUUCACUUCUUCCGGUCCAGCAGAGCCAGGUGCAUACUGCAUCAAAGUGGAAGAAGGCCGGUAAAACACAAGCUAUUGAUCAACCGAACAUUCUGCUCAGCAAGUUGAUCUUUGAAAACAGGCAGGCAGAGAGAGUAAUCCAAGAGAAAAUUGAAAAGGUGGAGACAGAAAUUGAAAACUUGCUUUAUACUUUUGACACGGAGAUGGAAGAAAAACAGGCUAAACUGGAUUUGACCAGAAUGGAUUAUGAAAAGGAGGACGGGGAGCUGAAAACACUGGAGAAACUAUUCUCUGUCCUAGAGGUAGAGUGCAACCAGAUCAAAGAGAAGCGCCGGCUGGCAGAAGAGAAGAGAAAGUUGGAGGCGAAGGAGCUGGAGCUAAAGACCAAAGCUGCAAUUAUGGCACAAGCUUGGUGGAGAGGCUACAGUACUCGCAAGGCCUUAAAAAACAAGGGCAAAAGUAAGAAGGCCAAAAAAGGAAAAGGCAAAAAGACCAAAUAAGCCGCUGACUGCUUUAAUUACUCAGAUGCACAAGGACACACCCUACCUGAAUGAAUGUCUUUGGAUGUUUUAUUUAAAAUAUAUAAAGAUUCUGUUGAGCAAAUACCAUUAUACUUCACAUUCAGAGUGUGUUUGUCAUGUAUAUGUUAUUUUUUUAAUGAAGUUCUAUGUUUUAAAUUCAAACAGAUGUUUUAAAGACACAAUACAAAGGA